AUGUUCGGCUCUGAACUUAUGGGAUCAAUCACAGAUCUAAGCACGCAUUGGUAUUGUUCGAAAAAUUUUAAAGAUCAUUUAAUUUAUGUAAAAGAUACAAUGCUGAUUCCUCCGCUUUUCAACUGUCUUGCUUCUUGGCUUACUGUAGAAUGGAAUUAUACAUCUGGUUUACCAUGUUCACGAAAUAGAACGCAAAUUUAUGCAAAAGAUUUUGGUGGACUUAGCGAGAUCAAAUAUAUUGAUGGUGGCGUAUUUGGUAAGCAUAUUAUGGCUGACCUUAUCUAUGUUAUCAAUAAACUUGAAGAAGAAGGCUAUAUUGAAGGACUUGACCUUUUUGGUGCUCCUUAUGAUUGGCGAUUGAUGCCUCUGAACUUUAAUGGUUAUCUAGAAGAUCUUAAAGUACUUAUUGAAAAAGUUUAUUCACAAACAGGUAAUCAGAAAGUUGCCCUUUAUGGAAUUUCCGGAGGUGGUAAUGUUAUUCAAAAGUUUUGUCAAACUGUAGCUCAGGAAUGGAAAGACAAGUAUUUGCGCCAAGUUCUACUUCAUGGACCAUCCUAUGGCGGUGCAGGUGAAGCUCUUAAUGUCCUUUGGUUCCAAAACAUUGGAUUCCUCCCAUCUAUUUUUAAUACACAAACUUUCCGCAACAUGGUAUUUUCCAUUCCUACUUUUUGGUCUCAUCUACAUAAUGCAAAAAGUAACACUGCUCCAGUCCUCGUUGGUCCAGAUGGUCAUAACUAUUUUGCUCAAGAUAUUCCACAGCUUAUGAUUGACUAUGGGAAGGCAGUUGGAGACAAUCAUCAGACUUUAAAUUUAGCUACUAAGGAAGUUAUUAUGCAUGAUAUAGAGCCCACAGGAGUUCCAACAUAUAUCCUGUUUAAUUCAGUCUUAGAAACUGUAUAUGGACUUAAUUUUUCAGGGUCUGGAAAUUGGUCUAUUCCUGAGGUGAUAUAUUCUCUUGGAGAUUGGAAGAAGUUGAGAAACAAAAAAUAA